UGCAGGGUGGUGGUGAGAAGGAGGAAGGAAAGCUCAAACAGGUCAUAACUUUUAAUUAUCAUCACCCUGACGUGCCUGUAGGAUUACUUUGCACAUCUGAAGAAAGAACCAUCUGACAGACUUUUGAGAAAAAAACGUCUUUUUUAAGGUAAAAUGAAUGCUCAGGAAACAAAGGUGGUGCUGUCACUGGAUGCUGAUGCAGUGGACUUGCUCAAAGAAGGAGUCAAUUUCAAGACAAACCCAGUGGAUGGUCAUUGUUACAUCAUAUACAAGAGCAAAAAUGGCUUUAAAGCAUGCAAGAAUCAAUGCAAACAUCAAGGCGGGUUAUUCAUCAAAGAUAUUGAGGACCUGGAUGGCAGGACUGUUAAAUGUACCAAACAUAACUGGAAGUUAAAUGUGUCAACAAUGAAAUACGUGAACCCGCCUGACAGUUUCUUACAAGAUGAGCUUGAGGUGGAGGUCUUGGAUAAUGGUGGGCUUCAGCUGGUGGAACUGAGCCCAGUUGAUCCUUGGCUGGCUGAACCAAGAGAGCCUCUGGAGCUCCAGGAAGGAGAAGUAAAAGUAACGUACAUCACCCAUGCCUGCAUGGAGCUUCAGCUCGGACAGAAGCGGUUCAUGUUCGACCCCUGGCUGACAGGUCCUGCUUUUGCCAGAGGCUGGUGGCUUCUCCAUGAGCCUCCAGCUGAUUGCAUGGACAGACUGUGUGCAGCAGAUCUUAUCUACAUCAGCCAUAUGCACUCAGACCACCUCAGUUACCCCACUCUGAGAAUCUUGUCAAAGAGGAGGCCAGAUGCUCCUAUAUAUGUUGGGGAAACAUCCAGGCCAGUGUUUUGGUAUUUGGAGCAAAGCCAAGUCAAGCUGACCAAUAUUAAUGUCGUUCCUUUUGGUGUUUGGCAAAACGUUGAUGAACACCUGAGAUUUAUGAUUCUGAUGGAUGGUGUGCAUCCAGAAAUGGACACGUGUAUCAUUGUUGACUAUAAGGGUCACAUGAUCCUCAACACCGUGGACUGCACUAGGCCAAAUGGAGGCAGACUACCUCAAAAUGUGGAUUUGAUGAUGAGCGACUUUGCUGGCGGGGCAUCAGGAUUUCCUAUGACCUUCUACCGGGGGAAAUACAGUGACUCCUGGAAGGCAGAGUUCAUUAAGACUGAGAGAAAGAAGCUACUGAACUACAAAUCUAUGCUGGUGAAAUCCCUGCAGCCGAGGAUCUACUGCCCUUUUGCUGGUUAUUUUGUGGAGGCUCAUCCGUCAGACAAGUACAUUAAGGACACAAAUGUUAAAAACCAUGCAGAGAACCUCAAUGCACUCAUCAAUAAGCUUGCACUGGACAUCAAGACGUGGACGCCUAAGCCAGGGGCUGUGCUGGACCUCGCCCUCGCUCUGAAAGACCCAACUAACAGCGAGGCCAUCACUAACCCCCCAGCCAAUACAAAAAUCUACAAGGACAGCUGGGAGUUUGAGUUGUAUGUGGAUGAACUGAACAGCGCCAUCGGCUGUGAGAUAUUUAAAUAUCAUAGUUGGAUCCAGUUUUAUUACACUUGGGCAGGCUUUCAAAAUUACAACCUUGUUGUGCGGGUGAUUGAAACUGAUGACGACUUUGAACCCCUCACUGAUGGUUACGACUAUCUGGUGGACUUUUUGGACCUGUCAUUCCCAUCCAGUAGGCCUGACAGAGAACACUCCUAUCUAGAGAUUAAGAACAGGGUUGGGGUGAUGAGGUCCGUGGUGCUGCAUGGCCGCCUCUGGGAUGAUCUGUACAUCGGCUUUCAGAACCGCAUCAGCCGAGACCCGGACAUUUACCACCACAAGUUCUGGAAUCACUUCCAGAUAGAGCUACCACUUUGCAAGCCAGACUGGGACCAGUUUCUGCAGCAGGUGACCCCCAUCCAGGACACAGAGACAGCGUAUGAUGAGUCUGGGAUAUUGAGCUACUGUACCGUGUUAUAGAUGUGCAAUGUGCAUUUAAGAUGAUGUGAUGUCCUUAAAUUUGAAACUACUUAUAUUUUUAAGCUGGUUACUGUUCCCAAAAGGUGGGGGGUGCUGUGUGUAAUAAUUUAGGAAAUCUUAAUAAUGACUAAUUUAUUCACAAUUGAACAUAGAAAACAGAUCAAAUGUUGAAAGUUAUAAGUGAUAGGGAGCCAUACCGUUUAAGGCUUUAAAAACAAGUAAUAAAAUUUUGUACUAAGUCUUAAAAAUGAUGCCAGAGCAGUUAGGUUUAGGAAUAACUGCCAGUGCCAGUUAACCUAUCAUUUCCUCCCUGUAAGCAACCGAGCAGACAGACAAAUAACUUCCUUGUCGAUCAGGAAAUGGCUUCAUCAUAGAUGAAGGUCUCUUAGCAACAUAUUAGAGAUGACAAUUUUUUCUAUUAUAAAAAUGUGAUAAGUAAUGGGUUUGCCAUAUAGAGUAUCAGAAUAAACACUACAUAUUCUAAAACUGUAAACCUUGUGGAUGGGAUAGAAAUGCUUGGA